AUGUCACAGGUGAUGUCCAGCCCCCUCCUGGCAGGAGCCCAUGCAGUCUGCUUGGCUCCCCACGAAGAACCCAGCAGGGCCCUGCACCCAGCGCCCAGCCCCAGCCUGCCACCCCAGUGUCCUUACUAUACCACGGAAGGCUGGGGAGCCCAGGCCCUGAUGGCCCCUAUGCCCUGCAAGGGGCCCUCCAGCAGGCCCCAGCAGGCCCCACAGGCCAGGGCCAAAGCCAGCUGCCUCCUGCAGUCCCCCGAUGAGCAGGCCUCAGGGGCCCCAGAGGACCUCGCCUCCUACAUUGACUUCUCACUGGAGAGUCUGAACCAGAUGAUCCUAGAACUGGAUCCCACCUUCCAGCUGCUUCCACCAGGAACUGGUGGCCCCCAGGCUGAGCCUGCCCAGGACACAACCUUGAGAAGAAAGAGGGAGGAGCCCGAAGCCUUGGAUAUAAAGUACAUCGAGGUGACCUCCACCAGAUCAAGGUGCCAUGACGGCCCCCAGCGCUGCUCCAGCCAGUCCGUCACCCCACCCUUCGGCUCCCCCCGCAGUGGCGGCCUCCUCCUUUCCAGAGACAUUCCCCGAGAGACUCGAAGCAGCAGUGAGAGCCUUAUCUUCUCUGGCAGCCAGGGCCGGGGGCACCAGCGCCCCCUUUCCCCCUUUGGGGCUCUUUCUCCUCAUCCCUCACAUUCCCCUAGCAUCUCCAUUCCAUGCAUGGGGAGCAAGGCCUUGGGCCCCCAUGGCUUGGGCUCCCCGCUGGUGGCUUCUCCAGGCUUGGAGAAGGGGCUGGGGGGCCUGACCCCACAGCAGAGUAGCAGAGUCUCCGUGCUGUCGGCCAGCCCAGCGUCUGAUGUCAGCUAUGUGUUUGGAAGCAGCCAGUCCCUCCUCCACUCCAGCAUCUCCAGCUGUCAGUCGUCUUCUAGAUCCUUGGAAAGCCCAACCAGCUCCUCCUCCAGCCUCCACAGUCUUGGCCCUGCGUCCCUAUGUACAAGACCCAGUGACUUGCACGUCUCCAGCAACCCCACCCCAAACAUGGGCCAGCCCAGAGCAACCUACUCCCCACCACUGGCCAAGGAGCAUGCCAGCAGCUGCCCCCCAUCCAUCACCAACUCCAUGGUGGACAUACCCGUUGUGCUGAUCAAUGGCUGCCCAGAACCAGGGUCUCCCCCAACCCAGAGGACCCCAGGACACCAGAGCAUUGUCCGACCUGGGGCUGCUUCCUCCAGCAACCCCUGUCCAGCCACUGGGAGCCACAACCAGACCCUGCCAGAUGCCUCUCUCACCACAUCCCUGGAGGGUUCCUCCAGGGACAUGCAACCCACCAUGAAGUUUGUGAUGGACACAUCAAAAUACUGGUUUAAACCGAGCAUCACCCGAGAGCAAGCAAUCCAGCUGCUGAGGAAGGAGGAGCCAGGGACUUUCAUCGUGAGAGACAGUUCUUCAUACCGAGGCUCCUUCGGCCUUGCUUUGAAGGUACAAGAGGCCCCCGCAUCUGCCCAAACCCGACCAGGCGAGGAUAGCAGUGACCUUAUCCGACAUUUCCUCAUCGAAUCUUCUGCCAAAGGGGUGCAUCUCAAAGGAGCAGACGAGGAGCCCUACUUCGGGAGCCUCUCUGCCUUUGUGUGCCAGCACUCCAUCAUGGCCCUGGCCCUGCCCUGCAAGCUCACCAUCCCACAGAAAGAAUUGGGAGGUGGAGAUGGGGCCCCGGAUCCCUCUGGAGACAGCACGGCCUCCUCCCUGAAGAAAUCUGCAGGCUGCCAGGCCCUGUACCUGAGUUCUGUGAGCGUGGAAACCCUGACUGGAGCCAUGGCCGUGCAGAAGGCCAUCUCAACCACCUUCGAGAGGGACGUUCUCCCCACUCCCACCGUGGUCCACUUCAAAGUCACCGAGCAGGGCAUCACCCUAACUGAUGUCCAGAGGAAAGUGUUUUUCCGGCGCCAUUACCCCCUCACCACCCUCCGCUUCUGUGGCAUGGACCCAGAUCAACGGAAGUGGCAGAAGUACUGCAAGCCCUCCUGGAUCUUUGGGUUUGUGGCCAAGAGCCAGACAGAGCCUCAGGAGAAUGUGUGUCACCUCUUCGCGGAGUAUGACGCAGUGCAGCCAGCUUCACAGGUCAUCGGUCUGGUGGGUGCUCUGCUGCAGGAUGCAGAAAGGAUGUAGGAGCAGGGGGCUGCCUGUGCAUCUUCCCAGCAGCCCACCUCCACCCCGAACAAGGGGCUCGUGGCCACACUUACAGACCAA